AUGGUCAAGUCAUACUUAAAAUACGAGCAUGGCAAGUCCUUCGGUGUUGUCGCCUCGUCGACUUCGAACCUGGUAUGGUCGUCCAAAGACCGAACGGGAACCGGCGCAGGACAGGCGAUCGUCGCCGCGAACGAGGAGGUUCUCUGCUGGGAUAUUAAAAAGGGCGAGCUGAUCAGCCGCUGGAGAGAUGAGCGAUGCACGGUGCCUGUGACUGCGAUCGCGCAAAGCAAAGCCGACAAGGAUGUAUUCGCUGUCGGAUACGAGGACGGCAGCAUUCGACUUUGGGACAGCAAGAUUUCCUCCGUUAUACUCAACUUCAAUGGACACAAGUCGGCAAUCACAAAACUUGUAUUCGAUAAGUCCGGCGUCAGACUUGCCAGUGGAUCUCGGGAUACGGACAUCAUCAUGUGGGACCUUGUUGCAGAAGUUGGUCAAUUCAAGCUGCGAGGACACAAGGACCAAAUCACCGGCCUUCAGUUUGUUGAGCCGGAGGCCCAGGUGCAGGACGAGGACGGCUCGCGUGCCAUGGUUAUCGAUGGCGAAGGAACACACGAAGGCUUCCUCUUGACGACUGGCAAAGACUCGCUCAUCAAACUCUGGGAUCUCUCGUCAAGACACUGCAUAGAGACUCACAUUUCGCAAACCAACGGCGAAUGCUGGGCUCUUGGUCUUUCUCCAGACUACAGCGGAUGUGUCACAGCUGGAAACGAUGGCGAAAUCAAAGUUUGGUCAUUGGAUGCCGAUGGUCUUGCGCUCAGCACCCGCCAGGUGGACACACCCGCCGCAGCCCAAUAUCUCCAGGACAAAGGAACACUUCACAGGCAAAGCAAGGACAGGGCAACCGAGGUUGUAUUUCACCCCAAGAAAGAUUACUUUGCUGUUCACGGUUCAGAAAAGGCGGUCGACGUGUGGCGACUACGAUCCGAGGCCGAGAUAAAAAAGGCUCUAGCACGUAAGCGAAGAAGACGUCGCGAGAAGGCCAAGGACGGCAAGGCCGCCGAGGAGGAAACCAACGGCGAAGAGCCCGAGGACGUCUCAAAGGCCGAUGUCAGUGAUGUGUUUGUUCAGCACGUCAUUGUGCGAACAGGAGGAAAGGUUCGCUCUGUUGACUGGGCUGUACCCAGCGGACAGAAAGAUCUUCAAUUGCUAGUAGGAACCACAAACAACUUGCUCGAGUACUACAGCGUCUCACGCAAAGACAAGAGCGACAAGUCAAAGAAGGAAGACGCUCCCGAAUACACAAGGGCUCUGUCCGUCGAGCUGCCCGGUCACCGAACGGACAUUCGGGCCCUUUCGCUAAGCUCGGAUGACAAGAUGCUGGCGUCUGCUUCCAACGGCAACUUGAAAAUUUGGAACGUGAAAACCACUGCUUGCAUUCGAACAUUCGAGUGUGGAUACGCGCUUUGUUGUGCUUUCCUUCCUGGAGACAAAGUCGUGGUUGUUGGCACCAAGAGCGGCGAGUUGCAGCUCUUCGACGUCGCUUCAGCGGCUCUCCUUGACAGUGUCGAUGCUCACGAGAAAGCCAUUUGGUCGCUGAGCGUCCACCCCAACGGUCAGUCUGUUGUUUCUGGCAGCGCUGACCAGACAGCCAAGUUCUGGGACUUCAAGAUUGUGCAGGAGGAGGUUCUGGGUACAAGGAGAACAACACCAAAGCUCAAGUUGGUGCAAUCAAGGACAUUGAAGGUUUCUCAUGAUAUUCUCAGCCUCAAGUUCUCACCGGAUGCCAAGCUUCUGGCUGUUGCCCUAUUCGAUAGCACAGUCAAGGUCUUCUUUGUCGAUUCCCUCAAGCUUUACCUCAACCUCUACGGUCAUAAGCUCCCAGUGCUGAGUAUGGACAUAUCAUACGAUAGCAAGAUGAUUGUCACAAGUUCGGCCGACAAGAACAUCAGAAUAUGGGGUCUUGAUUUUGGUGAUUGUCAUAAAGCCCUGUAUGGCCACAAGGACAGUAUUCUGCAGGUCGCCUUUGUGCCACAUAACAACGACGGCAAUGGCCACCACUUCUUCAGUAGCAGUAAGGAUCGCACGAUCCGAUACUGGGAUGGCGAUAAGUUUGAGCAAAUCCAAAGGAUGGAUGGGCACCACGGAGAAGUAUGGGCAAUUGCUGUUUCCCACAGCGGCAACCUUUUGGUUAGUGCCGGCCACGACAAGAGUAUUCGGAUUUGGGAUGAGACUGAUGAACAAAUCUUCCUCGAGGAAGAGCGUGAGAAGGAGAUGGAGGAGCUGUAUGAGAGUACCCUUACCACGUCUCUGGAACGUGAUGCGGACGCCCAGGACGAGAACAACGAGGUCGGCGCGGCGAGCAAGCAGACUUCAGAAACUCUCAUGGCUGGUGAACGAAUAGCCGAAGCGCUGGAGAUGGGCAUGGCUGACUUGAACCUCCUUAAGGAGUACGAGGAAGCCAAACUCACAAACCCACAUGCUCAACCCCCCCAGCGCAAUAUGGUAUUCCUUGCUCUUGGCAACAUCACUGCUGAAGCCUACGUCCUCUCCGUCCUACAGAAAAUCAAGGCCUCAGCACUACACGAUGCCCUCCUGGUCCUACCCUUCUCAUCCGUCCCCGUCCUCUUCACUUUCCUCAACAUAUUUGCCAUGCGGUCCAUGAACAUGCCUCUGACAUGCCGUAUUCUGUUCUUCAUGCUCAAGACACAUCACAAGCAAAUUGUUGCUAGCCGUAGCAUGAAGGUCAUGCUCGACGGCAUCCGCAUUAACCUCCGCGCUUCGCUCAAGCGCCAGAAGGACGAGAUGGGAGUCAACAUUGCUGCCCUCAAGGUUGUCGGUAUGCAGAUUCGCGACAAGAGCAUCAAGGACUACGUGGAUGAGAACUGGGAGGAGGAGAACGACGCAAGGAGUGCCAAGAAGAGGACGUUUGUUGACGUUGCUUAA